CACACCCCCACCAUGUUCCUGCGUCACUCUAACGCCAAACUCCAAGAGGAGCUGCGCGCCACCAUGCGCAGUUACGUAGAAGAGAAGUCUGUUCUCCGUGCGCAUCUCGCCAACCUGAGGCUAGACCUGAACGAGCUGCACUGUGACAACCGCACCGUCACCACGGAAGCAAGCGGGGAGGGAGGCGGAGGAGGAGGAGGAGGAGGAGGAGGGGAGGAAGAGGAUGACGCUGCCUCCAAGUACUCCAUGGGCUCUGAGGCGGAGCUGAGGGCUCUGAUGGACGAACCGGCAAGUGGCGAAAAACACGGAGAUAACAAUAAUACGCUGCACCUACCGGCUAUUAAACACAGAGGGCGAGGAGGGAAAGGAGGAGGAGGAGGAGGGAACAGCGGGGAGUCGUCCAACAGAAGCAACAAGACGCUGCGCUUCUGCGGACCGGUCAGCACGCCACAGACGACCAGUGUCCGGCUCCCCGCGGACACGGCAGACGGCCCAGAGACCCUCAUCUCCCGCCACAAAAGCUUCUUCGACUCCUCCAUGGACUCGCUCGACAAGCAGGAGCACCAGAAGUUCUCCGAGCUGCAGAGACACAGAGAGGCUCUCCGGAACCAGGGAAGAGCGGCUCUCCGGGAUAGGAAGGCCUCUCUCAUCCGCCUGCCGACCAUCACCUCGGCCAAGAGGAGGACCUCUCUGUGGGACUCGGGCCAGUACGUGUCCAGACCCAAAGGGAAAAGCACCGAGUUCGAAUCCUUCCCCUACAUGGAGGCUUCCCUCGAGCUGAGCCGGACCAACUUGAAGAUCCCCAAGAUCAAAGACCCGCACCGCACGGAGACCCAGCGGCGUGACGUCAGACAGGGGGCAGAGGCCAACCGGAAGAGGGUGCAGUUCACGAGGCCGCGGCUCGAGCCCAUCACCUCCGACAGAGAAAAAUCCGACAGGCGCUCCGUGCUGAGUGGUGAUAAUGCUGCUGCUGCUGCUGCUGCUGCGGCUGCUGUCGCUGGUCUUCUCGGUGACGGUGACGGCGCCGACAGCCUAAACACAACGCUAGCCGACACCACUUUGGACACAACUUUCGGCGGAAACGUUUCGUUUGACGAGGAGUACUUUCGGAAUCUCGCUGCUCAGACCAAAGCCCGCGCCAACAACAACAACAACAACAACAACAACAAACAAAGCAAUACGGCAGACAAAACCGCCAACACCUCAACAUCCACCACACUCAACACCACCACUACAACCACAACCACAACAAACGACAACAACAACAACAACACCACACACCCUACAACAUCCAAAAACACCAGCCUGUCAACAACCACCACCACGAUGAUGACGCCACCAGACGCCGCGGAAGCCUCCAUCACAGAAAGCAACAACAACAACAGCAGCAGGAGGGACCCCCCAGCAGACGCGGACGCGGAAGCAGACCCCACCUCGGGACCGCCCCCCGACCCCCACCACCACGCCCCCGCGGGGGUCCCGCCCCUAAAGCUCCGCCCCCUGGCCAAGAGGAAUGUCCGGCUACACGACCUCCAGCUACGUCAGAGCCGCCUGGCGCGCGUGUCUCCGCCGCUCACGGGCCGCGUCUCACCACUCACGGGCCGCGUACAGAAGACCACGUCAGACAGACGCAGCCCGGGGGAGAAAAGUCUCAAGUCUAGUGACCGCUCGGUGGCCACCAAGAUCUCCAGACUAUCACAGGAGACGAGCGAGUGGAAGUCUCAGUACGACCAACUGCCCGACCAGGGAGCCAAAAACAAGACUCUC